AUGACUUGUAGAUCCGUUUCGGCUGCAUCCUUCUUUUUAGACGGACACACUGCGGUCAGUAGUGGCAAGGACUCCAUGGUCCGUUUGUGGGAUGUUUCUCUUGGAACUGAAAAGCAGAAAUUUCGCCUAGGUUCUGGGUCCGAACCGGUUAAGGCACUGACUGUCGGACGUCAAGACUGCAACUUUUUGUGUUGUGGUGACCUCGAGGGUCAUGUUUCGAUUUAUGAUAUACGUCAGCGAAACCCGGUGCAAACGUUCCAAGUACCAAAUGCCAUAUCCGCGCUGGCUGUGAAUAAAGAUGAUAGCCGAUUAGUGGUUGCCGAUGGUCCGUCCAUUGGCGUCUGGGAACCGCGACAACAACAGUUUCUGUCUUAUUCUUUCUCACCUAACGACGUGGUUCGUUCUUCGGCUAAUAGCCUUCGACUACACUACAAGACGGUCACCGCUCUCUGGGUGGCGGAUCAUCCUGAUGCUGGUGGAAGCGAGGUAUUAUUCUCUGCAGCCACGGACAAGUUGGUAAAGGUGACUCAUUUAACGGACUGGAAAGAAUUGCACCAAAUUCGUUGUCCUUUACCGUUAACCGCCGUUGGUACCACAGUAAGUCUUUUUUAG